CGCCUCGCGAUUAAUUAGUGCGCGCGGGUCAGAGGUGCGACACAACAUGCCUCCGCUGGAGAAAACACAGCAUCCCAAACCGUUCAAACUGAGGAAGAGUUUAGCAACGAGGAAACAAGAGGUGGCAGGAAUCCGAACUAAGUUUCCGACUAAGAUCCCGGUGAUUAUCGAGAGAUAUCAGAAAGAGAAGUACUUGCCUCCUCUGGAUAAGACCAAGUUCCUCGUGCCUCAGGAGCUCACCAUGAGUCAGUUCGUGACCAUCAUCAGGAAUCGGAUGACCCUGAUGCCCAGUCAAGCUUUCUACCUGCUGAUCAAUAACUCUGGCAUCGCCAGCAUGUCUCUGACCAUGGCUCAGCUCUACAAGGACCAUAAAGAUGAAGACGGCUUCCUCUACAUGACUUACGCCUCACAGGAGAUGUUUGGACACUGUAGUAAUAAUAAUAAUAAUAACAGGUGACGUGUCCAGAUGUCGUCGGGGGGGUUUGGCGGGUCUCAUUUACUUCACUGAACUGUGAUUAAAUAUUUAAGUCUGUGUAUAUAACAUUAGCUUUUUAGAUGUACUAUUCUUUUCUAUUGUGUGUUUUAAUUGAGUAAUAAAAUCUUUAAUCCAUGCAUCGAUGACUAGAGGGAGACGUGUUCGUUCAUGUGCUGCAGAAGCGUCAUCGGAAACGCCUGACUAAUAAAACUGAAUGUCAAACGUUCGUUGGUUAAUCAUGUGGUGAUAAAAAAAUAAAUAAAGGCUAUUGUUCAUGUUUGAUGCUGCA